AUGUUACAGAAUGAACGUGUAGUAGACGCUCAAGUUCAAUUAUAUCCAUCUAUCUAUAAUCCACAUACUGUUAUCACCUAUGCCAAUAAUAACGAUAGCAAUGUUCAUUCGCGUCUUAUUACCUAUUUGACAAAUACGAACGCGACUAUCAAACAAAUAUCUACAAAUACAAUUGUCAACGAAGUUGUAUCUCAGUGGAAUAAAUCCGAAGACAUAUUUGUAAAUAAAUAUCAGAUGGGCUUUGAUCUUUUUAAUAAUUUAACAUCGAUUAAUCUAUCUUUGAUAUUUAAUGUCUACUUUUCAACUGUAAAUUAUCAUACAAUGGCAACAAGUCUUGGUGUUGCUAUGACAAGUCUAUUUCAAUUCUAUGCAAAUUCAUCAUCAAAAAUGAUUACUACUACUAAUCAACCGAUAUUAACUCAUGGAGAACCACUUAGUGAAGAAGAUCGUUUUUUUCAAAUGAUUUAUUGUUUCGAUACACUUCCAUUAUCAUUAUUCAAUUUUAUCAAUAGUAUUCUUGCGGCAGUAUUCAUUGGUAUUCUUUCAUCAAAUUCAAUUCGUGAACGUUUAACUCAUUCAAAAGAUCUUCAAUUAUUGACUCGUUUAUCGAAAUUUACCUAUUGGUUUUCCAUGUCCUUAUACGAUUUUAGUAUAUGUUUGAUUUUAUGCACCAUAUUAACUAUUAUUGUCAAGAUCGGUGCCGUGUAUCGAGUUAAUUCGGGUGCAGAAGUUCAAAUCUAUGUACCCGAUCAGCAUAUUGGCUAUUUUUUUCUAAUGUUUGUUCUAUAUUCCUUAGCAUCGUUACCAUUUAUCUAUGUAUAUUCUUUCAUUCCGGGCACGGAAUUAAUUGGUUUUAUUAUCUUUUUUAUUGUUAAUGUACUUGUGUGUUUUCUCGAUGUCGUCCUCGGUUUUAUCGGGGUAUUUUCUGGUAGUCAAGCAUUGCCAGACGGAACUCUUGUAAAUCGAACAGGAACACUUAUGACAAAUAUUCGUUGGGUCCUAUCGGUUCUAUUUCCGACAGUCAAUCUUAAACAUGCUCUAUUCAAUAUUCGCCUACGUUCGAGUGAUUCGUGUAUUGCAGCAGUGAACUCAGUUAUGGGUACAAAUUAUUCAUCGAGUGAGCCGUGGAUGUCAUUGAAUGAACCUGGUCUAGGGAUACAAUUUUUGAUUUUUAUUGGUCAAAUAAUCUUUUGGUGGUUUAUUGUUAUACUUAUUGAAGAAUUGUGGAAAAUAUGUCUAAAGAAAAUGCGAUACUGUUCUAAACGACAAAAACAAACAGUAACAACAACAAUUGAAUGGAAUGAUACAGAACUUGAUGAAGAUGUUCGAAAUGAACGUCAACUAAUUUUGAAUCGAAGUCAAUUAACAAAAUCAGCUGUUGUUAUUGUUCGAGAUCUUGUACAAGAAUUUAAAAAACGAAAAGAAAAAUCAGUCGUAAAACGUAUUCAUAGAGCUGUUGAUCAUCUCAAUUUUUUUGUUUCACCAAGCUCAUGUUUUGGUCUAUUAGGAGUCAAUGGAGCUGGUAAAACAACGACAUUUCGUAUGUUGAUCAAUGAUAUUCAACCGACAUCAGGCGAAGUAAUUAUUAACCAAACGAGAAACAAUUCUGAUAUUGGUUAUUGUCCACAGUUCGAUUGGCUUGUUGAACAUCUUACUGUUAGAGAAACAUUAACUUUAUUUGCUAGAUUGAAAGGUCUGACAUCAACUGAUAUUGAUAAUAUUUGUAUUGGAAUGAUUCAAUGUUUUGGUCUUGAUACACACGAAAAACAAGAAGUACAAAAACUUAGUGGUGGAAAUAAGAGAAAACUUAGUGCAGCACUGGCAUUCAUGGCUAAUCCGACAUUGGUCUUCUUGGAUGAACCCACUACGGUAAUACUUUGA